AUGGCCCUGAAGCAUCGUGACUACGUCCUCCUGGGCAUUGGUGGGUUUAUAGCUUGGGGCCUGGCGGUGAAAUGGCUCCCUGUGCUAAGGUACCUUGGCUAUGCGCUGGUUUUGGGUGCCUUCCUUGCCUCAGCCGUCGUCAUCGGUCUCGUGCUGCUCACGACGCGCUCUCGAAAUGACGCUACUUCGACUGGUCCCAAGACCCUCUCCGUCGCCUUCCUCGCCCGUGCCCAUUGGGAACAGGAGACGCAGGCUGUCCGACGUCGCUCGACCUAUCAUCCACCCUCCCUAUACCCGCAAUCUUUCGUCGUCUCCGAAGGCAUUGACGAGCUCCUGACCCUAGCCACCCGGGAUUUAAUCGCAUCGUGGUACCAGCAUAUCAGCCCCAACCCCGUAUUCGUGAACGAGGUGGAUCAGGUCAUUCGGACGGCCAUUGGAAAUCUACGCGACAGACUUCUAGCGGAAGAUCUCGUCUCCCUCGUGGUGUCCCGUAUCUUCCCCAUCAUAACGGCUCAUCUCAAAGAGUUCGAGGUCGCGGAGCGAUUGGUACGGGGCAGGAACCUCACCCGAAAUGUCACCGAGUCGGAAGAGUUGGACCUUGCUAUCGCAAGUAAAUAUUGCGAGGGCCAUUUGCAUCCAGCAGCAGUACUAUCCGUCUCCGACCAGAAGCCUGUGGAACAGGAAUACCUCCGCAAGAUCGCCGUGGGGUUACUGCCGCGGCUGUUUCCCGAGUCAGUCCUCAACAGUCGCAUAGUCUCCGUCCUGAUUCGUGAGAUUGUUGCCUGCGCUGUGCUCUUCCCUCUCGUCUCCGUUCUCUCCGAUCCAGACACGUGGAAUCAACUGAUGGAGGCUUAUGGCCGAACAGCGAUUCAGGACCGUAAAACCGUGCGAAAACUCAGGGCCGCCCUGGAUGAGCAUGCAUCACCGGCGCCCAGGUCCAAAAAAGGUCACCCGUUUCCUCGAUUAAGCCCUCACGAUUCAGAGCGCGCUUUCGAGCGAUUUGUCCGCGCCAUCCGGCGCUGUAACAAUAUCUCCGACGCCAGGCGGUUCAGAGCCCUCGUGGCAAGUCAACUGAAACGAGAGAUGAUGGUGGAAGGGCAGGACCAGGUCUACCUUCGACGACUGGAGACAGGCAAGAGGGUCUUGGAUCAGAAAGUAGCUAAGCUUUCCGCACCAGGAGGUACUCAGCUGUCGCACGCCUCCGCAGCCGUAUCCCACUUUCGUCGUAAGAAUUCAGUUCCUCAAGAAGCGUCAUUGGUGGAUGUCAUGCACGACGCCUCAGGUCUCUCCUAUUUUAUGGAGUUCAUGGACCGGCAGCAACUCAUGUCUUUAGUGCAAUUCUGGAUUGUCGUCGACGGGUUUCGUAACCCCCUGGAGGAUGAUUUUGGAGACGAGAGCUCUCCAAGCUCCACGACUUGGACGCCGGCCGAUAGGAGUGACAUGGCCCUGAUCAGCGAGACAUAUCUGUCGAAGCCUGAGUUGAAAGUCACGGAUGAGUCGCGUCGAGUAGUUAAAAGCUUCCUGAGCGCAGGGAAGCGAGCCAGCUCGGAGCAGUAUCGCAAAGCCCGGACCGUGAUAUUGAGCACCCAAUCCGCGGUUCUUGAGGAGCUUCAGGAGACUUACUACCCUAAGUUCAAGCAAUCUGAUCUUUACUACAAGUAUCUUGCCUCAGAUGAAGCAUCCCAAGCUGGCACUCAGUCACCCCAACGAAACUCCCCGAAUAUCGCAGAGGUGCCUGAACGGCGACCUCUUCCUCCCCUAAUGAGUCGUACCUCGUCACAACCAGGAGCCAAGACGAAGGAUCUGCGACGAGCGGCGGUUUCUUCGAGUGAUGUUCGAAGCAUGGGUAAAUUGUUUGACGAUGACGAAUCUUCGAGGCGCUCUUUUGACUCUGAACGGUCCGCACCGCUGUUUGAUGAUGACUACGACACCGAUCCUCUUGCGAUGUCCACACACAGCCUGGGAAGAGACUCGCAAAAUGGCGAGACCGAGGCGAACCAGAAUGAAGUCAUUGAAAACAUGGAGGCGGCGUUGAACGACAUUAUUGCUAAUGAGCCGAAAAAUAGUAGGAUUGAAGAUUUGAAGAGCGCCGAUGUAUCGCCAACCGGACUGCCUGGCAGCGACCAGUAUCCCAAGUCUCCGCGCAGCUCCAUGGAGCUUGCUCGGGCAGAAAGCCGGACAGACGACAGAAUAAAACCGAGCAUCGCCUCACUGGGCCUCGUAGACCGAUCCUCGCGCCUGGGGGUCUUCGAUGAUGAUCUUUUCCCGGAACAGCAGAAGUACAUCGAAGAUGAAUAUGAAGAGCCUGUGGGAACUGACAACGACCCGGCUGACCAGGUGCAUGAGGCGGCUCCUGGGGAUCUCGGGUUGACAGAGGCAAUCGAGGCGCUCACAGCUGACAUCGACAAACUUGGGUCUCAGGAGUCGGUGGUGGACACUCUCACUCGCAAAGCAGAACUCACAAACAACACCGCGGAAUUGAGAAUCCUGCGAAAGUCCAAGGCCAGCAUCCAGCGCGAGAUGCACCGCAAAGAGAUGCAACGGCAGCAGUACAUCAUCCAAGAGAGCGACAACAGCUUGUACGGCCGGUCGACCGUCCGCAUCAAGUCCAUCGUCGUUGGUAAAGAGGAAGAUGGCCGAGAAUUUGCGAUGUACGUGGUCGAGGUGCAACGAAACGCUGGGGAGCAGAUGCCGGCGGCUUCCUGGGCCGUCGCCCGAAGAUACAGCGAGUUCCACGAACUCCAUCACAAACUGCGCAUGCGAUACCCAUCCGUCCGUCACCUGGAGUUUCCACGUCGGCGCGUAGUCCUCAAACUCCAGAAGGAGUUCUUACAAAAACGACGCUUAGCUCUGGAAGCUUACCUCCAGAAGCUACUAUUGCUUCCCGAAGUAUGCCGGAGUCGUGACUUACGAGCCUUCCUUUCCCAACGGGCCAUCAUCCCCCGUAAUGAAGCCCAAACCUCUACGAACGGAGAGACCAAAGACUUGGUCACCCGAAUCUACAACUCCGUCGCUGACGGUAUGGACGACUUUCUGGGUAACUUCGGGGUGUUGGACCAACUAUCCACGGCCGGACAAAACCUCAUCUCCGCCGCUACUAGCCAGCAAGCCUCCGCGAUCCCUGACUCGGGGCUGGCCACAGAAGACGCGGUCACCGCCGCUGAAGCUGAAGCGGAACUGAAUGCGUUUGAGGAUCGCGAGCUGGAGCCAUUCAUCAAACCGAUCUGUGACCUGUUUCUGGAGGCUUUCGAGCUAAACAAGGGCAACAACUGGCUGCGCGGGCGCGCCGUUGUCGUUGUCCUGCAUCAGCUUCUGGGAGGCACGAUCGAGCGCAAGGUGCGCGAAGGAGCACGCUCCCUAAUCCAGGACGACUCGCUUUUGCGCUACCUCUCUCUGGUCAGGGACACCAUGUGGCCGGGAGGAGUGCUGCGCCAAGGCAGAGUCCGCACUGCCUCCGAGCGACUGAAGAGUCGCACCGAAGCCAGCCUGGUCCUGGCCACGCUGAUCCCCGACCUAGCAGGCAAUGUGGUCGGACGAGCCAACGCGCAGGCCGCGGCACGAAGGAUCUUUGCGACCCUGAACAACCAACGGCUGAACGCGCAUUUAGUCUUCACCAUCCUCGACGAGAUCGUGUUGGUCUUAUUUGGGGGAGGGGACGCUGGACGGAUCCGUUGAUGACUUAUGUUUAUGUGUAUGAUAUCGAUUUCCCUCUUGUUUCCCUUCGUUGGCCUUCCCCUAUUUCCCUUGCGGACUGUAUCAAUAUUAGCGGGCGCUGUGCAUCGAUGUGCUCUACCUAAGCGUCUUUCUUUCUUUUUUUUUUUUUGUUGUUUGUCGUGAGUUUCAGUCUGCUGAAUGUUCUGCCAAUCUGCCUUGGUACCGAUCAUGCUGUAUGCUCGCCUUACCUACAAGUCC